AUGUUGCCCUUCAUUUCUCAGUACCGUUGCCCCUACUCCAAUACAUCCAUUGUUGACCUGCCCACAGCCACUGCAACAUCCGAAUCCUCAGCAGACACUCUCCGUUCUUGUGAUGACUCCCCACUGUUACCCUCAGAAUGCUUCGCACCAUUAUCCAGCAACUCUGGGACCAGAGCCCAAGGCACCGCGCCAGUCGAAGCCACCUCAGAUGCCAACUUGGAUGCUUCAGCCGGUCUACACCUGAUUCUGGUGGUGGUCUUCGGCAGCGUCAGCUCAGAAUUGUUUAACCACAUGAUAUAUCCACGAUCGCCUACUCAGAUCGAUUAUCAUCUUUUGAAACGAAGCCUACGGUUAUUACCGAGAGGCACAUUUCCCUGCUCUUCCCCUCCCCCCAAUCCCACCGUUGAGGGUGAACGACCACUCUAA